CGGGAAGCGCGCGCGCGGGAUGGAGCUGCGGCGCCUCUGGCUGCUCUGCUGCUGCUGCUGCUGCGGCCCCGGAGCCACCCUGACCCAGCCACUCGGCCGCCAUCCGCCCGCUGCCUUCCGGGAAAGUCUUAAUAGACAUCGAUACUUGAAUUCUUUAUUUCCUCAUGAAAACUCCACUGCUGUGUACGGAAUAAAUCAGUUUUCUUAUUUGUUUCCUGAAGAGUUUAAAGCUAUUUAUUUAAGAAGCAGACCUUCCAGUUUCCCCCGAUUUCCAGCAGAAGAGCACACGUCCAUCUCCAACCUGUCUUUGCCGUUGAGGUUUGACUGGAGGGACAAGCACGUCGUCACCCAAGUGAGGAACCAGCAGACGUGUGGUGGAUGCUGGGCCUUCAGCGUGGUGGGUGCAGUGGAGUCCGCGUGUGCAAUCAAAGGGCAGCCUUUGGAGGUGCUGAGCGUCCAGCAGGUCAUAGACUGUUCAUACAGCAACUACGGCUGCAACGGAGGGUCCCCGCUCAACGCUCUGAACUGGCUUCAUAAGAUGCAAGUGAAGCUGGUGAAAGAUUCGGAAUACCCAUUUAAAUCCCAGAAUGGCUUGUGCCGUUACUUUUCUGAAUCACAUUCUGGAUUUUCAAUCAAAGGUUAUUCUGCAUAUGACUUCCGUGACCAGGAAGAUGAAAUGGCAAAAGCACUUUUUACCUUGGGCCCUCUCAUAGUGGUAGUAGAUGCCGUGAGCUGGCAGGAUUAUCUGGGAGGCAUCAUACAGCAUCAUUGUUCUAGUGGAGAAGCAAAUCACGCCGUUCUCGUAACCGGCUUUGAUAAAACGGGAAGUACCCCGUACUGGAUCGUGAGGAACUCCUGGGGAGUUUCGUGGGGUAUAGACGGCUACGUCCGUGUGAAAAUGGGAGGAAAUAUUUGCGGUAUUGCCGAUUCUGUUUCUGCUGUAUUCGUGUGAUGUGUUCUCCAGAUCAAGAGACAGAUACAAAACUGAAGGUUCAUGAUGAGAUGUGAUACUUCAUUCUUGGCAUUUUUCACCUUUAGGCUUUAGCAACUACCCACAAAAGACAGGUUCUAGGGCCUGGUCGUGUUGAAACUAAGCUUUGGAAAGUUCUCUUCUUAGAGAGAGAUGUACAAAGUCAGAAGGAGGAAGCACUGCGGCCUGGGAGGAAAUCUGUGGAACAGUGUCCUACUGGGAGGAAGGUCAGAUUAGGAGGUAUUUUAGGUUUUGUCACUUUGAAGAGGCUGUUAUCUGGUUUGUUUGAUUACUGUUUCUGUUUGUCGUUUGUUUUUAAUAACAUAUUUCCAGUAGGAUUAAGGAGAUGAUAAGAAUCCCUUUUCCUUUAUGGGAUACAGUCACCAGCCCAAGCUGCCCCUACAUGCAAGAAUAGCCAACCUAGAACUAGGUGUGCCUCUCACAGUUGUAUUCCCAGCCCUCCAAGGUGUAAUUUCAUAAAAGUUUUGAAACGCCAAUUGCUUUACCCCUACAAAUGGUGCUCACCCCUUGACCUGUGCAGAGGUCAUGUAGAAAAAAGCAAAAAGACAGUCACUUUUUAAGACAAACAACCUGAUUGAAUCUAAAUGAGCAGUAUGGUUAGCCAUGCGAUAGGAAAAUCUCAAGUAGCCUUCCUGAGAGGUAAACUAUUAUGGGGGAAUUUUCACUGUCAGUAGGAUUCUAACACAUUUUAUUUCCUCCUCUGUUCUCCUUUGGGGAGCUGUGUGGCUUCGCACAUUUUCUCACUCUUUCUCUUACUCUUGACUGUGAAACUUCUAAAUCCUCUGGGUGGUCUGGCUUUCCUAGCAAAAGAAGUCUCAUUGUUUACUUUCUAUUUCUAUUUUUUAACUAUUUAUUUGGCUCCAAUGGUCUCUAAGCCUUUAUCAGCAUCAGGACAACCUCACUUGUCUGUUCCUCCAUCAUUUGGAGGCACCACCCCUUUCAAAGUUCAAUCUCAUUAAUCUGAGAUAUCAGCCAAAAUGUGUUUCCCAGUCUGUUUUCCCAGUUUUCUGCGUAUUUUUUCCAGACUCCCAUCCUAACUACUUUUUUGUGCAUCCCUUUGGUUUUCCACCUGGUCCCUGGUCUCUUAAGGUCUGUCUUCUCUUUUGCUAAGUCAUUGUGUGUGGCUGUGUGAGAACCUCAGAGCAUAGAAGCUGCUCUUCCUAUUGAAUAUAAUACAAUUGUAUGAGUUAAAUAACAAAAUUGUAUCAAGUACUACAUAUAUAAGUAUCUACUCUCUAAAAUUCAUGGUGGCUAUCCAGAUUAGACUAUCUUAACAAAAGCAAAAUUGUAAAGGUAGCAACAGCCACUGAAAAAAAUGGGGGACAUCUCAUUUUUUUCUCUCGUGGUUGGACUUUAUCAAUCUCCUUUUUAAAAAAAGAAAAUCAAACCUACCAAACACCAUAUUUCUUUUUCUUACACCAACCAGAAGCAAUUUCAAAAGAAUAUGUGUUGACUCAGAUUUAGAAAUGCUCCAGAAUGAGAAACUGACAUUUUAUUUGAUUAAUAUUUCAAAUAUCCAACUCUGCCAAAAAGGAACUGUGUUUUGAUUGUUCCAGUCAGUGUUAAUGUACUAAUUCCUGUAAAAUAUAUAUGUUUGUCUGAUACUCUUUUACAGAUGAUGUUUUUUUAUUACAAAAUGGUACAUACCUCUCAGCUCUUCUGGAUUUUGAUAACAUUUAUAAUAAAACAACCUAUGUUUGACUCUGGGUUAAGAAGACUCUGUCCAUAUGUAUGGCUUACAUUUCGUAAACAUAGUGUCAAUGUGUUUUACAUUCACAUGAGCGUUUUCUCAGCUCCAAAUCCAUAUAUUUAAGUUUUGGUUUUCUCCAUAGACACCUUAGCCUCAGUGCUUGCAAACCAUCUCCUUCCCCUCCUCAAAAAAGCUCCCCAAGACACAACAACAACAGCAACAACAACAAACUCUUGUACCUCCUAGAGUCUCUAUUUGGGGAUAACAGCAUCAGCAUUUUAUGUAAUGACCUAAUCAAUAAAAUUGAAGGUAAUCUUAGAUGUUCUACUAGGUCAGCUACACCUGAGGACCCAUCACCUAAUCACCUGCCUUCUCUGCAUUUCCUCUCUCCAUCCUUCCCUGGAUGUGUGUUCUUUAGCAUCGCUCAUCCCCGCUGCUCAGGAGUUGACCCACCAA